AUGGCCGCACCUUUGCCAACGACGGCAACACUCUCCCCCGAUAUGUCUGCGGCGUCCCCCUGGGCGUCGUCUCUGCCGGAGGAUCUGGUUCGCCUGGUAGCGUCGCGCUUGCUUGCCGGCGAUCUGCUGGAUUACGUCCGCUUCCGCGCCGUUUGUGCCCCAUGGCGAUCCAGCACGGCCUCCCCGCGCGGCCGCGGGGUCGUCGACCCACGCUUCCACCCGCGCCGCUGGAUGAUGCUUUCCGAGGGCGGCGGCCUCUACCCCGGCCACCCAAAGCUGCAGGGCUACGUCCGCUUCUUCAACCUCGACACGGGAGCCUUCGUCCGCGUCCACAUGCCGCUGUUCGAGGACCACUGCGUUCUAGAUUCUUUCAACGGCCUCCUCGUCCUGCAGCGGGACGACGACACCGCCAUCCGCCUGCUCCACCCUUUCACCGGCGACAUUCUUGACCUGCCACCACUCAAGACUCUCCUCCCGCAGAUGCACGAGGUAUUCCCACAUUUAUCCUCGCGAAAGAAGCUUCCGUAUCUCAGAUCCAUCUCUACUGCUGCUACCUUCGCUGAUGAUGGUGUCGUCACCGUGAUGCUUGCGCUCCGUACGACACGUCGUGUGGCCGUUGCUACCUCACAGGAUCACCAAUGGACUAUGUCCACCUGGAACUAUGUCAUAAAUUUUGCACCCUUCCCGUACCAGAGCAAGAUUUACGUGGUGUAUAAUCUGGAGUUUGAUCAUUCAGCAAAGAUUUUCCAAAUAGACACACCCUUACCAGGUGAAGUGCUACAGCCACCGAAGCUGAUCGUCAAGUGUACUGCAGAUAAACUACGUGUGCCUGUCUUCUUGGUGGAGUGCGACUCGGAGGUCCUGGUGAUAGGCCAUAGUAAGGAUCUCGCUUCCAAAUUGCUAGUUUACAAGCUCGCAGAUCUUGUCAUGGAAAACACCAUCAGCAACUCCUCCAGCAACAGAGGCUCCGCCAGCAGCUCCAUCAGCGGCGGCAGCAGCUCCAUUGGCGACAGAGGCUCCGUCGGCAACUCCAUCGGCGACAAUGAGCUUUAUCCCGGAGAAGUUGACCCCCAGGCUGCUACAAAAGCUGGAGCGGCCGCUGCAUCAUUGCUAGUAGAAGUUGUUCAGGCCGUGCAAGUUGCUCCAGUGCAAUCUCCGCAGCAAUUAGCCACACCCCAAGCAGAAAUCGGAGCGCCAGCUACCCUGGGCACAUCAAUUGUACCCUUCCAACAAUCAUCGGCCGAGCAACCCACAGAGGAACAAGAUGCCCCCAAUAACAGUCUCUUCUCUUUCGCGGUCACACUUUCCGAUGAUGAGGAGGUUGCUUCCCGUCAAGUCACACUGAGCUCAAUCACCGACGACGUCCGUGCCAAGCUUGAGAGCAUACGGAUCCUCCUCCAACAAGAUAUCGGCUGA